GCUCAGUGAUUACUCAAUUCAAUCGAAGCGCUUUGAUAAAUAUACCAACGUGUAACAGUCGCAUCAGCUCACAAAUCCGGACUUUUUCCGCUCAAUCCGCACCGAUCUUGUGGCUGACCAAGUCUAGUUAGUGUCGGCGUAAUACGUUUGAUUUGUCCGCCUGAUUAGCUUUGGCGAAUUGGUUCCCCUAAUUUUAAUCCGCCUAUUGGUUACUGUCUCUUACUUUUCACUUACUUCUUUUGCAGCUGGCUUUUUUUUCUCUUUCAUCUCUGUCUCUGCCCUCUCUCACGGUUUUGGCAGACGUUGUCGCGUACGGCCUCGCGUUGGGCGUACAGGUGGAGUCUCAGGGGGUGGCGAGGGUUUUGGUCGCGGCGAAGGCGAAAAAGGCGAGAAAUUGGUGCCCAAGGCGUGCGGCGAACCGGAGUAGGGUGUCAUUUCGGGGGGAGGGGAUGGGGCAAUGCUGGUAGCUCACGUGUUGGUUUUACCACUUCGGAGCGGAGAAACCAAACCCCACCGCGGUUCUUGAUGCUUUAGGAAUCCAUACCGCACCGUGCGGCGUCUUCUGCUCCUCGAAGCUUCCGCUCCGGUUGUCUAAAUAAAUCUCGCCUUUAAGCGGAGCGAAGCCGAUAUAGUUCUGCAUCUUGUUCUUCCUCCUUCGCAGAAGUCUUCGUUUCUCGUCGCCGAACAUAAAAAGGGCGAAAUGGCUGAGGAGUGCUGUUUCUUGAGUAAAGAGUUAAGCAUAGUAAAGCCACCAAAGAAAUCACACCUUGCCUUGAGGAUGUUUGUGUUAAGUGUUGCUAUGAUUUGUGGCGUCUAUAUAUGCUUAGUGUGUCUAAAGCAAAUCGGGAACCAGAGCGUGCCUAGAGUCAUGAAGUUUGAGGUAACAGAAGAAUCCUGUUAUAAUCCUGGUAUCUCACCAUCUGAAAUAUCAUAUUUGCACUACCAAAAACCCUCAACUUUUAGAAGGAAUGAGUGUGCAUGUACACCAGUCCGCUUCUUUGCUAUUUUGUCAAUGCAGAGGUCUGGAAGUGGUUGGUUCGAGACUCUGAUGAAUAGCCAUCCCAACAUUAGCUCAAAUGGGGAGGUCUUCUCUGUCAAAGAAAGGAGGAAUAACAUGUCUUCUAUCACAAGAACACUAAACAAAGUCUACAAUUUGGAUUGGUAUAGUAGUGCUUCUAAAAAUGAAUGCACGGCUGCUGUUGGAUUGAAAUGGAUGCUUAAUCAGGGUCUUAUGACUAAUCAUGAAGAAAUUGCCAAAUAUUUCAAUGAAAGAGGGGUGUCUACAAUACUUUUGUUCAGAAGAAACUUACUUCGUCGUAUGGUUUCACAACUUGCAAAUGAUCAUGAUCGCAUAGCAAAGCAAUUAAAUGGCAAACACAAAGCUCAUGUGCACUCUGAAUAUGAGGCUGAUGUGCUUGCAAAGUACAAACCUGCCAUCAAUGCAACAGAAAUGAUUUCCAGCCUCAGGUACUCUACUGAGUGUGUUAAAAAUGCUCUGGGUUACUUUAACGGCACUCGACACAUGGUUUUGUACUAUGAGGAUCUCAUCUCGAACCACACUAAGCUGGUUGAUGUUCUAGACUUCUUGAGACUACCCCGUAGACAUCUGGUUAGUCGUCAGGUUAAGAUACACCGAAAACCAUUAGACAAGCAGGUCGAGAACUUGGAUGUUGUUGUCAAUGCUCUUAAGGGAACUGAGUAUGAAAGAUUUCUUAGUGCCGACUACACGCUAUAGAGUAUCAAAGUGAACACUGUUCACAUUCGCCAUGCCCUGCCCAACAACAGAUUGCCAUCUCAAGGCGUAAGCCAUGAAGGCCAAGGAUUUUGUGUUUAAGAUUUCUUUAAUCAAUCCACGUUGAAAUAUGAAGCACCCGGUGAUGUAUAACAAGGUCCUUUCUCGCCAUUCAAGCUAUCUUUUCUGUCAAAGCAAAGAAAAGGAUCGUGUUAAAAUUUUCUACGAGGCACAAAAUGAAAAUCUGCUGUUUGCUCUUGUUUACAUCUGAAGUUAGUGAAAUCCUCAUGAUUCUGUGAGCUUUUAACUGGAUGCCCCCGAUCCAAAUUCAGAAAACUGGCUUGUUUGAAAGUUUUGUGAUAAGUCUACUUUCUCGCUUUCUAGCUUAAUUGGCUAUCGUAUCAAUCAACAUCAACCGGAAUCAUCUCUGCGGCUGCACUUGUUCCUGCUGCACGAAAGAGAUUGGAAAAAAAAUGUACAAGUUUGUCAGAUUGUUCUCUUCGUGGGUAUUUAUAGGAAUGCUCCUACCUGUUUCGCCAAACUGGUGUAAUGCAUAUUAUCUGAAUUAAUUCAUAAUUACUUUUAAA